GAUAUAAACCAACGUUUAGUCAACCAACGUCCAGUAUGCCGGUGCGUGUUACGCCGUCGACGUUUCACCAUUCUUAUCUUAUUUUUAAAAUAAAUUUCAACAACAAUAAUAGUCACAAUCAUCAUCACCAUCAUCAUCAUCACAAAUGAAUCAUCUACUUAAUUCAAAUUAAUAAAAAGUUAAUCGAUUUUCGCAAAAAAAAAAUACAGUUAAAAAUAAUUUUUAAAACUCCAAACUUGAAAUUAAACAAAAAAUAUUUUUUUAAACAUUUAAAAUAAUUAAAAAAAAGCCGCGAUUACGAUUGCCCGUGAAUUCAAAUUAAAUUCAAUUUAAAACCCCGGGUUCUUUUUCCGUGACAUUUAAAUUUGAAAAAAAAAAAAUGAGUUAUGAAGAAAGUUUAAUAAGAAUGUCAAGAAAUUAUUUAUAAGUACAAGACUAACAAUAAAUAUAAAAUGAAUAUGACAGCGAUGAGAAGUGUUACGACGUUGGGUUCGUUGAUGACCACCGAUGACAGUGAUAGAAUGACAAUGACCAUGUCCAGCACCACGUUGGUGGACUUGCUGGGAGGAAUUGACGUUAAAAUAUCGAUGGACAGAAGUAAAACGAAUAUAUUUGACAGCGAUCUUGAUGUCUCCCCGGUUACACUGUCGUCUGAUUGGUCUAGAGUGGCUCGACUUUUACUACUUGCAUCGCUCGCUGUCGUCGGCAGCGUUGGAAAUGUUUUUAUGAUAUCUGCUAUCAUGGUCGAGGAUCAUUUGAAAAAACGAGGUAAUGCAUUCUUGGUCAAUGUCGCGCUCGCUGAUUUACUAGUAACUGGACUAGUUAUACCAGCAUCAGCAAUUGUGAUUCUUGCUGGUCACGAAGAGUCACUCAGUAUAUGUCGAUUUGAAUGGACACUCGAGGCUUUGUGUUUUCUCGUAACUGUUUUAACAUUAGCGACAAUUGCCGGUGAAAAUUAUGCGCGUCUCUGUUUACCUGCUGAAAAAUAUGAAGCAUUGACACCAAGUCGUGUAACGGCGACGAUAUUUGUGAUAUGGGUGAUAUCAGGAAUAGUAGUAGGACUGCAGUCAUCGCUAGACUUGGGUCCCGAUUUUUGUGGUCGUAAAUUUAAUCCGGUGACAAUACCGCAGAUAAUAGGGGCAUUUUUUCUAGUACUAUUACCGGCACUGCUGACACCAAUUAUUUAUCUGCGAUUGAUAUUACGCGUGCGUCGUGCAGUCCGAGGUUCAUUCAAGCCACCGGCAUCCUUCUCAUGGGAUUAUGAGUUAAUGAAGACCAAUAUAUACAGCUUUACCCUUUUCACAAUAUUCUGGCUGCCCUUUGGCUCGGCAAUAUUAACGACUGCCCGUCGACCCGUAAGUGCCAGGAUCUUUUACAAUCUCGCUUGGUUUGCUUUAUCCAAGUCUUGCAUUAAUAGUCUUGUUUACUGCGUAUUCGAUCGGCAUUUUCGUAAUGCUUAUGUUAAAUUAUUCCACUAUUGUUGCUGUAAGACAACGGUCAGCUUCUCACGCAGACCUAGGGGUGAUGGGUCAAGAUCUUCGGGGGAUGUUAGACUACGGGUCCACAUUAUUCAUUCGUACGCAAGUCCCGCUUCUUGUCGGCCAAAUGUCGCGAGACCUAAUGGCAGAGACGUUUAUGAACUUUAAAUAAAUUUUUUUUUUUAUACUUUAAAUUUAUAUUUUAUUUUAUUAAGUUUUUUUAAAAUUUAUUUACGCUUUAAUUCCGUCCAUAAUUUUAUUUAUUUUACAACUUUUAUUUAAACUCGAGUUUUAAUGACCGCGUUUUAAUACCAUCGGAUUAAAGAUUAAAUUGAAUGAAAAUAUUUAAUGGCGAAAUAAAAAUUUAAGAGGCUUUGUUCACCGACGGGAAUAAAGCAUGUUAUGUGGGAAAAGGCAAUAAAGUCUCUCUGAUUAUUGACGUUUUUUUUUGUUGAGGUGACCAUGCGUGCGGUGGAAACGAUCGAAAAGUUUUUAUUACGGAUUCCAUUCUGUUUUUAUCUUUUUUAGUCAGGGCUGAAGGCGUUCCAAUAAUUGACAAUACAAAGUAAUUCCACUAAUUAUAAAUAAUAUUUUUAUUUAAUUUCAGUUCAUUUAUAAUCACUAGGCGCCGCAUAAAGUAAUCAAUUUUUUUUUUUUUAAUUUACACUCAAUUUUAAAUAAUUGUCUUUUUUGCAAUUCACGCAUUUGAAUGGUAGUAAA